AUUGCUUAAGUGAACAAAUGUCUUAUACACAUACUGGAGUACUUCAUCUUAACAAAAUAAGACGCAUUUAAUAUUCUGCAUUGGGCUUUCAACAGUUUAAAAAUAUACAAUCGUGAGGCGAGACGUGUAAAUUGUUGAAGUAAACACUUUAAAGAUGGCAAAAAUGCUGUUUAUAACGCUGAUGGUGCUCAUUAUAUCAGGCAUAGUAUGGUAUGCCGCUAAAGUAUUCAUGCCUCAAUCCCCGCCGCAACUGGACCUGGAGGAGUGGUGGGGGCCGAAGGAGUUAAAGGGGAAGCAGGAUAGAAGCAUUCGCCCCUUCCAAGUUAACUUCUCUUCUGAGCUAGUAACAGAUCUAAGGCAACGAUUAAAAAACCAUAGACCAGCAGUCCAGCCACUAGAAGAAGUCGGUUUUCAAUAUGGAUUCAACAGCAAAGCUUUAGCCCCUUGGAUCAAAUACUGGGCGGAGGAGUAUCCAUUUGAAGAGAGGCAGAAAUUCCUGAACAAAUACCCGCAAUAUAAGGUCAAUGUGCAGGGACUGGAUAUACACUUCAUUAGAGUUAAACCUGAGGUCUCGGAUAAGGUGUCUGUAGUACCACUGCUUCUGAUGCAUGGAUGGCCAGGAUCUGUAAGGGAGUUCUAUGAAGCUAUUCCCUUGUUAACCAAACAACAAGAUGGCUAUGACUUUGCAUUUGAAGUUAUUGUACCCAGUCUCCCGGGAUAUGGGUUUUCUGAUGCCGCCGUCCGUCCAGGAUUAGGACCAGCUCAGAUUGGUGUCAUCUUCCGAAACCUGAUGAAGCAGCUCGGUUUCAAGCAGUUCUAUAUCCAGGGUGGGGAUUGGGGCUCGGGCAUCGCGGGAGCAAUGACCGUACUCUUCCCUAAGGAAGUGCUGGGCUACCAUUCCAAUAUGCUGUUCAUUUCUAAUGGCUAUUCCCAACUGCGUACAAUUUUGGGAGCAUUCAUCCCAUCACUUAUAGUCGAACCCCACCUAGCCGAGCGCAUGUAUCCGCUGUCUAAGUUCUUCGCAUAUUUAAUGGAGGAAUUCGGAUAUUUCCACUUGCAAGCCACAAAGCCUGAUACUGUUGGCGUCGCUUUAAGCGACUCGCCAACUGGGUUGCUAGCGUACAUUCUAGAAAAGUUUUCAUCCUGGACGAAAUUCGAAAACCGUGCCUCACAAGAUGGCGGACUUAGCAAGUUCACAAGAGAACAGCUGAUCGACAAUCUGAUGAUGUAUUGGGCUAGCAACAGCGUUACUACCUCAAUGCGGUUGUAUUCUGAAGCUAUGAGCAAUAAGAAUAGAGGACUGGGAUUGGAUAAGUACACCACAACUGUACCAACAUGGGCGCUGCAAGCGAAAAACGAACUGUUCUACCAACCUCCAAACAUUUUGCGCAUAAAGUUCACUAACCUCCUUGGAAACACGGUAUUGGACGAUGGCGGCCAUUUUAUAGCAUUUGAGCUCCCUGAAGUUUUCGUUAAGGAUGUCUUCAUGGCUGUACAGAAAUUCAGAUCCUGGCAUGGCAUGAAAACUGAACUUUAAAUUCGUUGAAGAAUAUUGUAAAAUGAUGUAUGAGUGAAUUUAAAUACAAUAAUUUGAGCUUAUUUUUAUUAAAUUAAUAUAGCUAAAUGUGCGUUCACUGACGAUUUUAUAUUUGAUUUUAUUUUUAGAUUUUAUACGUGACCUGUUUAUUGCAUCUUUUAAUCUGAAACAAUAAAAAGUAUGAAUUUUUUAUACAUUAUUGUAAGCAAUAAGACAAUAUGAAAUUUUUGAGAAAAUGUCAAAGUUGAAUGAUUUGUUUUUUUUAAAACUUUAUGUUUUCAUAAACCCACUACUAGCCACUACUCUUGAUGAAUUCCACCUGUCGAAUUAAUAAUAUAAGAAUUUUUUUGAUGUUUUUACUGUAUUAUGUUUAAGUACAUGUAUUUCAUUUAUAUUGGGUUUUUUACAAAUUUUUAAUAUGAAUUCUAUAAUUUAUUAUUGUGUAAUGUUUUGUAGAUAUUUCUUAUUAAUCAUUUUAUGAUGAAAAGAUUAUAUGUACUUCAUAAUAUACCAUUAUUAUGUUGAAACGUGUCGAAAUAGAUUUAAUUACUCAGAAUUUUACUAUAGGGAUGCGGGUAAACCAAGCUUUUUGUUAUGUAUAAGUUAUAUGUAUAACAAAAUAAUAAAAAAAAAUUCUCCAAUAAAAAGAUUUACAUAUUGUU